UAUACACAUAUUGUUGAUGAAAAACGAACAUAAUAAUUGUAAAAAAAAUAGUGAAAUAUUGUGAUAAUGUUAUCAAUGUAAAAAUUGAUUGUUUAAUAUGGUAUAUAUGUGCGUAGGUCACGAAUAAAUUAAUGCGUGGGUUAAUUAUUAUUCGAUGACAUCCAAUGACGCACAUAAACGUCUGCCUACAAAACCCAUCAGUAUUAUUAACAAACUUGAAAUAAUAAUAAUAAUCAAAAAUACAUUUUUAUAGUAAUAAAAAAAAUUACUGAAAUAUUUCGAAAAGAAAAAAAAACCACUUGCGUAAUAAAUUUACCAAGUGUCUCAUUGUCAAUAUAAAAUUUAUGCCUGGAUUGUAACAAGUACAUAAAGAAUCAUCUUAAAAUCAUGACCAAUUAGAGUUAAAAAAAAUGAUAAAAAGAAGAAAAUUAAAAACUCAGUAAUAAUAAAAAAAUUCAAGAGUUGUGAUAAGUCAUCAUGAUGACAAUGACGAUCAGAAAUAACUCACUGAGAUAAUCAUAUUACUCCACAAAAAUAAACUUGAUGAGUAUGUAAAAAAAUAAUGAAAAAAAAAACCUUUAUGAUUAUAUUUGUUCGUAACAGUUGGGUUUUUUUUUUUUUUUUUAAAAUUUUUUUUUUUUAUAUCUUGAGAACACAGACUUUCCACUGAAAGCAAUUUUUGUCCCUCCCAUACCAUCAGUAACGUCAUCAACACAAUUUUAAGCUGAAUGUGAAUUGAAAGACGAUAACGUGCUCAACAAAACUCAUCGAGCAUCACACGCAUUAAAUAAAAUACACUUGAUCAGUUUGAACUUCAUUCUUCAAUAAGCUUGUUGUUUAACUUUAUAAAAUAUUUUUCAAAUUAUUUUUUAUUAUUUCAAGUAUCAUAUUUUAUCAUCUACUAUUAAUAUCAAGCUUAAAUAUCUCUCAAUGUUAUUUGAGUAUAAAAAAAUAAUUUAUAAUAAUAUUAAUUGAGUCAUUUUUUUUUUUUUGUUUGUAUUUAAAAAAAAAAAAAAACUUUAAAACCAUAUAAAGUUAAAUUUCUUUUUGUGCACGAGUUGAUUCUUCAUUUACGUAAUACAUAAGAUAUCACGUGACGUGUAUGUGUAUGAAAAAAAAAAAUAAAAAAUAAAUAAAUAAAUAAAAUUUCCUCAACAAGUAGUGAGACAGUAUAUACAACACGAGUUAUUGGGAUAUGGCACUGAGACAGGUCGAAUCAAAAGUGGCACACGACAAAAAAUCGCUUUCCAUCGGCCUAAAUAAAAUUUUUUAAAAUUAUCAAGAAUGAUAAAUAAAAAAAAAAAAAGAAGAAUUUUAAAUAAAUAAAAAUUUGUUAAAUAUUGAUAUAAUAAAUAAUACAAGAGAUAUAAAUUUAAAAUAAAUAAAAAGUAAAGCAUUUAAAAAAAAUAAAAAAGAGAGAAGCAAAGUAAAUAUAUUUGCAAAAGAAAAAAUAAUAAAAAGUGAGACGUUUGAUUGAUAAGAGAGGCACGUGGAUAAACAUUGCACAAGAAAAAAAAAAAAAAAACAAAAUAAAAAUGCAAAGAACAUUUGACAUAACGAUACCUAAAAUAAUUUGUACAAAAGCAAGUUUGAGUGAUUGUGGUAGUCAUCAUGAAGAUGAUCCAUUGAGUGAUAAUAGAUUAAUUGUCCGACAAAAACGUAUAACACGUUCAAAAAUACGUAGAAAUUCAAGAAGACAUUCAAUAACAAUUGAUCGACAAUCAUCAUCAUCAUCAAGAAGUCCAUCACCAGUACCACGUUUAAAUUCUAUUAAUUUAAAUGAUAAAAUUAAUUUAAUAAAUGAUAAUAGAUUUAAUUAUAAUUGUGAUAAUGAUAAAACAAAUUUAGGAUACAGACAGUAUAUUAAAUUACUUGAUGUACCACAAAUUAAUUAUCCAUCUGGUCUUGAAUGGGGUGAGCCAAGUGGCGAUGAUCUUAGCUCUGAAUGGGAAUCUGAUAGAUCAGAUGAACCACAAAUUAAUGUAUUAAAUGAUUUUAAACUUUUACCAAAGAGUUCUGGAUGGAGAAAAUUAAGAAAUAUUGUUCAAUGGACACCAUUUUUUCAAACAUACAAAAAACAUCGUUAUCCAUGGGUACAAUUAGCAGGUCACCAGGGUAAUUUUCGAGCAGGUCCAACACCUGGUACAAUAUUAAAAAAAUUAUGUCCACAAGAAGAAUCAUGUUUUCGUUUAUUGAUGCAUGAUAUUUUAAGGCCUUAUGUACCUGAAUUUAAAGGUAUUCUAGAUGUUCGAGAAUCUGAAGAAGAUAGAAAUCAACAAGUAUCAAAUACAAAUAAUACAUCAUCAACAGAUGAAUCAUCCAAAAGACCAAUUAUUGCCUCAUAUCUUCAAUUACAAGAUUUACUUGGUGAUUUUGAUCAACCAUGUGUAAUGGAUUGUAAAGUUGGUGUAAGAACAUAUCUUGAAUCUGAACUUGCUAAAGCAAAAGAACGUCCAAAAUUACGUAAAGAUAUGUAUGAUAAAAUGAUACAAGUUGAUCCAACAGCACCAAAUACUGAAGAAAGACGUUUACAAGCAGUUACUAAACCACGUUAUAUGGUAUGGAGAGAAACAAUAUCAAGUACAGCAACACUUGGUUUUAGAGUAGAAGGAAUAAAAUUAUCACAUGGUAAUUCAUCAAAAGAUUUUAAAACAACAAGAUCAAGAGAACAAGUUACUGAAACAAUAAAACGUUUUGUUAUAAAUUAUCCUCAUGCUAUUGGUAAAUAUUUACAACGUUUAAAAGCAAUAAAAGCAACAUUAAAAGCAUCACCAUUUUUUGCAUCACAUGAAGUUGUUGGUUCAAGUUUAUUAUUUGUUCAUGAUAAUAAAAAUGCUGGUAUUUGGAUGAUUGAUUUUGCUAAAACACUACCAUUACCAUCACAUCUUAAAAAAAUUGAACAUGAUGCAGAAUGGCAAGUUGGUAAUCAUGAGGAUGGUUAUCUCAUUGGUGUCAAUAAUCUUAUUGAUAUUUUUGAAGACAUACGUAACUCUGAAACGUAAUAAAAAAAUAGAUAUAAAUUAGUAUUGAGUUUUUUUUAAAUAUAUUAAAUUUUUAUAAACAAAUAAUAAUAAUUAAUUAUAAAACAUAAAUACUAUUUGAUAAAACAAAGAGUACGUAAACUCAUUAGUUCGAUAGAUUUUAAGCUAUUUAUUAUAUAAUAAUUAUUAAAACAAAAAAAAAAAUGAGAAAAUAAUAACGAUAAUCGACUUUUUGUGUUGAUUGAAAAUUAAGUUAACCAGGUGCGUAAACUCAGUAGUUCGAUUAAUAGAUAAUAAUUAAAAUCCUGAUAAAUAGGUAUUCAAGAAAAAAAAAAAAAUUGUAACAUAUUUUUACCACUUUUUUUUCUAAUAAAUAUUUACAUAAAUAAAUGAGACCAAAGACAUGGCAGCUAAUAAUAACGUUGCCAGACUUAUGAGGUAUGCAAAAAGAGAAAAAAAAAAAUUAAAUAAAUCCUCAAUAAAGACUGUAACUUAAUAUUUCGAAACCAAUAUACUUUUUUUUUUUUAUAUAUAUAAAUCUUAUUGUGUAGCUAUUUUUCCAAACUAAAAUGAAAAAAAAAAAAGAUUUAAAAUUCACAUGUACAGUUUUUUUUUUAAUUAUUAUUAUUACAUUAUUAAUAUUUUCUUCUAAUUUUUAUUAAUUUAAUUAACUACUUAGAUAUAAGAUUUUAUUUAUAUAUUUUGAAAUAAACAUUUUCUUAAUUUGUCUCUGAUAAUGAGACAUGUAUUUUGUAUAUCCAAAGCGCAUUCAUACGUUUGUUAUUAAAUUAUCAUCAAUCAUUAUUUAAAAAAAAAAAAAAAAAAAAAUAUAUAUUAUAUAUAAUAAAAAGGAAAAAAAAA